CAGGAAGCGUGCUUUUCUUAUCAAUGCGCAUGCGUUAACUUGAAUGACCUUUGACAUGUUGCUGUGGACUCGACUUGACUCGACUGCUGUGACACCGUAAUGUUUCAUGUUGUAAUAAAAAAUUGACUCAAGAUAAUUAGUACAUUGAAGUAAAGAUGAGCUCUUCGGUUCCUAAGAUUGAGGAAAUAACAUUGGAUAAAAAGGGAACCGGGCUUGGUUUCAACAUCAGAGGUGGAACUGAUAACAUGCAUGUUGGGAAGGACUCUGGCAUAUUUGUGACAACUGUGAAACCCAAUGGAGCAGCUUCUAAAGAUGGUCGCCUACAACCAGGAGACAAGAUAUUGGAGAUAAAUGGCAAUGAUCUUCGAGAGGUAGCUCACCAAUCUGCAGUGACACACUUUCACAAUAGCGGGGACACUGUUAAACUGCUUGUUGAAAGAGGAGCAGAGCAAAGAAUUUCAGAAGAACUCAAAGCUGAUGGAGGAGUCACUUCACGAUUUUUGAACUCCUCGAGGCGGCCCAGUUGGUCACCAUGGGUCUACCUACCACUAGGUCUUGCUAUUCUCGGAGGUGCAGCUGUUAUCGUUUUGUACAUGAGGAAAAGACGAUGAAAGAAAUCAGUGUUGUAGGACCCGUUUGUUAUGAGUAGCUUGUGUGCACGUUUGUUAGGCAUUUAAGCUGAUCUAUUGUCGAUUAAUCAGCUACAGUCUCCCUUAUCAUAAUUAUCAAUUAUUAUUCUAUUAUUAACAAAAAAUUAAUUGUCGAAAAAUCA